UCUAAUUUACACAAGAAAAAUAAAACCAUGUCGUGGCUUCAUCAAGAGCCCUUUGGCAAUCCAAAUGCAGUGAUCAGCCCAGAUUUCUGUGCCCCUCAUCCCUUUCAACUUUCCAUGAAGAAGAAACACUAUUUCUUUAGCAGCCAUGAAUAUGAAGUCAAAGAUGAUACAUAUGGCAGAUUCCUCUUCAAGGUCAAAAGGAUUAAUUCCUUCUUCAGUAGCAAGGUGGUCAUCUAUGAUGCUGUCCAAAACCCAAUCGUUACUCUACGCCCAAAGACAAAUUCAAGGCGUAGCAGAUGGCAAGUGUUUAGGGGAGAAAGCAAAGCAAACACAGACAUUAUAUUCAGUGCUAGACUUUCUUCAUUUUUCCAAUUUAACAGAAACUUAGAUGUGUUCUUACGGAAUAACAUAGCGGAAAAGAUUUGUGACUUCAAGAUGAAGGCAUCCAACUCUGCCAACAAAUGUGAUAUUUAUGGAUCAUCUUCUUUGUUGAUUGCUCAGAUGAAGAGGAAGGGCAUAUUAAGGAACCAUUUCAUGAUGUCUGUGAAUCCAAAUGUGGACUAUGCCUUCAUUGUUGCACUCAUUGUUAUCCUUGAUGAGAUUGUGAUUUCAGAUUGAAAGACUCAAAUUUCUCUUGUACUAUUUUCUUUUUAUUAGACCACGAGGUGUUCUGAACAGCUCUAACUAUAGGAGACACCCUUUAAGUCCGUACCAUACUCGAACUAUUUUUUUUGUCAGACCACGAGGUGCAUGUCCUGAGCAGGCUAUAACUUUUUUUUGUCAGACCA